UUAUUAUGAAUUUUUGUGAUUCAUCUUACAUCUUAAUCUUACAAAUAAUAAUUUUUGCUGCAGAUAAUUAUUGUUUUAUCGAGUUUGUCGUUGAUUAAUUAGGAUUCUCAAAGACCAAAAUCAGUAAUUUGUGUGUCGUGUUUAUGGAUAUCAGCUAAGUAAGAGUAAAAUCUCAAGUUAACAAGCAAGGUGGGCAAAGUUCCUUUUUGUGUUUACGGUUUGUACAUACAUCAGGUAUCUAAUUACGUAAAAUUUGUUGACAAAUAAUCCUCCAAUUCUGUCUCAGUGUUUGUGCCUGUGCAGUGAAAACAAAUUUUUACGUGUAUGUUCUGACGAAUGGAAACUUCUGUCAAGUUGGAUUGGCAUCGGCAUCGCCAGCAAAACAGCCUGCAUUUAUGUAUUGUGAUCCAGUACCCAGCACCAUAGCUUGGGCCUGAAGCGUCUAUUUUUAUCUCUGCAUCUGCACUUUUCCGCAAACCGUUCCUCAAACAUAAAUGCUCAGAAAUUUUUUGACAGUCCGUCUGAAAUCGCUGCGCAACAAGACAUCGAACAACCCACUCCUUUUCCAACUUGUCUGUCCGCCAAUCAACCGACAACUCCACUGUUCAAGCCAGUUAAAUAAACGGAAGACAGUUCUUGACAGCGAAUUUAUGUCAAGAAUCAUGAGCAAUUCCGACAACCCGCCUGAUAGUUCGUCUCAGCCAAAGGCUGGAACGGCGAGGGAUGACAGAGAUGACGAUGUCCAAAUAGUUAAAGAGAUUCCAAGGGGUAAAUUGGAACCCAAAAGUGGCAAAGCCCUCUAUCACCCUCAGAAUCCGUUAGUCAGGCGUCAUCUGGAAUUCACACCUCUUGGGCACAAAUAUUUGCAGAAAGGAAUGAAGCCUGAAACUCACUUUACAGUAAUGAGCUACAAUGUCCUGGCGCAGGAACUUUUACAUCAGCACAGCUACCUCUACAAACAAAACCAUCCUGACAGCUUGCAGUGGAGCGGACGGUUCAGCAGAUUCAUCAGGGAGAUUAACUACCUAAAGCCAGAUAUUCUCUGCUUGCAGGAAGUGCAAGAGGAUCACUUCGACUCAUUUUUCAAAACUGCCCUCGCCAACAUGGGUUAUGUUGGAACGUAUAAGCAGAGGACCGGUGACAAGUGCGAUGGCUGUGCCAUGUUCUGGCAGGAAAGCAAGCUGAAACUAUUAGAGCAGACAACUGUCGAGUUCUAUCAGCCUGGAGUGUCCGUGCUGGACAAGGACAACAUCGCUCUGGUUUCGCGUCUCCAGCUUGCUGGCCGCCAGGUGGUGGUGGCAACCACCCACCUUGUAUACAACCCAAAGAGAAGUGAUAUCCGCCUCGCACAGGUUCAGCUUUUGUUGGCCGAGCUGGAUCGCGUGUCUCACUGCAUUGUUGAAGGCACCGCUCAACACCAUCCUGUCGUUCUGACUGGAGAUUUUAACUUGGACCCAGGCUCAUGCGUCUACCAUUUGAUCACCAGCGGAGAGCUCCGAUACGACUGCCUCUCCAAGCCAAGACUAAAGAACUGCUCAGGGCGCUUGUCUCCUCCUUUGGGAAGCAAACUUGUUCCUUCCCGCUUGGGAGUCACUGAUUGCUGUCGACAUGCAUCUGUAUUGACUGAUCGAAGUGACUACAAAGAAGGGGAUAGGAGUGUGGAGGUCGUAAAUCGCGAGCUGAACAUGCUCGGAUUGUACCACAGUGAAAGAAGGGCGAAUGACGCAAAGAAAAUGACCAAAGGAGAGCAUCAGUUUGGAACUGGAGUCCUGAAGCACAACCUGCACCUCAAGUCUGCCUAUCAGCAUAGGCAGUUCAACAGACCUGAAGCCACCACGCACCAAGAUGAGUGGAUGACCGUGGACUACAUUUUCUACAGUCAAAUGCCUGAAGCAUUUUCUACGCGAUCUCUGAAGCUUCUCUCAACGUGGAGGCUGCCUACAGUAGAUGAGUGCAACGUGAUGGGUGCGAUUCCGAAUUUCGACUCUCCUUCUGACCACCUGCCCAUUCUAGCAGACUUUCUUUUAUCAUAGAAGAUAAAAACAGUGAUUCAAACUAUCAACACUCAUAGCAGUCAUGAUAAAAAUGUAAUUUUAAAGAAGACAAAAUAAAAAAUACUACUUUCAUUAUAUAAA